AUGAUCUAUGAAAUUAUUACGGGAGACGGUCCAUUGACGGCUGACGAUUUCGCACUUAUCAAACUUCGAGAUACCGUCGAGAACAUAUGCGAGCAUUUUGGCGUCAAUUCAGUCACGUCGAAUGCAACGGACAGAUUGACAACAAUUCUGAGGAAUAAGCUGACCAGUUAUUCAAACUCGACCAGGCUGUUCAUGGAAAUUUCUGGACGUACACAGGCAACGCUCAGUGAUGUCAAAGCAUCUCUUAUGCAUCACAAAAUCGAUUUGAAAGGGUUUGAAGGUUACUUGAAGUAUGCACAUACUGAGCGAUCAGAAACGUUGCCAAUAUUCCCAGUAGCAGAUCCGGAUAAGAUGAACUCUGAAAAUGCGUACUUCAAGACUAUAUAUGGUGCAAAACCAUCAGAUGAAGAGUUGAAAACAAGACCAGAACACAUUCCUCAGUACUAUCGUGCAAUUCAUCCGGAAUGGAUCAAAGAUGAAUUUAAUACUGCUUCGAAACCUGUACCUCGUAGAAAAAUUAAGCCAAAGGAGUCAAACGCAGUCAACCUCAACAUUCCCAAUUUUGCCGAGUUGAGUUUCAGUGGCUUUUUUGAAGAGUUGGAUGAGAACAGAAAGUUUGAAGAUGAACGACGGAAAGCCAAAGUAUCACCAAGAUCUAGUGAAAAUGAAACAAUUCUGAAACCCUUUUUCCAGAAGGACACAUUCAUAGUGAAAACUGCAAAAAGUGUCAAGACUGCUAAGAAAAAUACUGGAGAAAAGCCUGAGGAUAAAUCACAGAAACUUCAUAGUUUGAGAGAACAGCAAAUUAACCUUCCUUCUGCUACUUCUCUACAACAAGAAGUUCCAUUUCUUCUUAGUGACGCCCCAAUCGAUGCUGCUAUAGUGGCUGAGUUUGAUGUAGAACAGAAAGAAAAUGGCAAUCAAAAACGAGAUGAGGACAUUGCACAGUACAAGGAGUAUAAACGUCUUAAGAAAGAGCGGAAACGUAUGAGACGCGAAGAGCGAAACAAAGAAAAUUCGGUGAGAACUUUUGUCAACGAUAAGUUAGAAGAGCAGAAAAGUGAAGAAUUGGAGGAAAUUACUAAUGUCACCGAAAUAGAUGAAUCUGAUAAAGGACAGAGCAGAAAAAGUAAACUAGACGAGAGCACUGAAGAAUACAAGGAGUACAAACGUCUGAAGAAAGAGCGAAAACGAAGAGAACGAGAAGAGAAAUUCAUUGAGACUCUUGAAAAAGCUCCUCCUAUCCCAAAGCUUACGUUGAAAAUCAAAUUUGGUAACGAAUUGUUUGAAAAACCAAUAGAACAUGUUCCGGAUACCAGUUUUCCACCCUCAAUCACACCUCUUAAAAUCCGAAUCAAGAAUCUGCUCCCGGCGAAGAAAAUUGAUGAGAACAAUGAAAAACGUCCGGACAAAGAGAAUUGUGACGAAAGUUAUCUAAACCAAAAGCAAUUCCACGAGGAUUCUGACACCGGUGGCAAAGUUUGGUACUGCCCGGUAUGCUCGGUGGUCUACGCCAAUGACAAGUAUAUGGUUGGAUGUGACAAAUGUGAGCAUUGGUUUCAUUGGGAUUGUGUUGGAUUGACUGCCGAGCCCUCCGACUCCAAGUGGUACUGCCCGAGAUGCAUCAACAAAAAGAAGACCAAAAAGAAUAAGAAACGGAAAGCUUCAGGAGUUGGUGGCUUUAAUGAGGUUGUAAAAAAGCAAAAAAUUUGA